AUGGCACGAAUCCCAGCGGUGCAUGUGUCUGCUCUUUGUGUUUUGUCAUUUGUUUAUAUUUCUCAUUCGCUGGAGCGCCAUUCAUUAACCGAACGACCUCGGCUUUCCUCCUUGUUAGUCUUGCUUUUAUCAGGUCUUAUUUGCUAUGGCCUCAGUGCUGCGGCCAAAUUCAUCCCCGGGGCAGACGGACGCUUCGUUUCCGGCACCGGGGCCGCCGGCGAUGAGACGCUGCUGGGUGUUGCGUCUGACGAGGCGCUGCUCAAGGGAUCCAGCGCCCACCUCCCCAAUCGGCCCCGGAGAUGGUCUCUGCCGGCCCUGAUCUUCAUUAUUGUCCUCAGAUUGGAGGUAUUCCAUCUUGUGAAUAAGCAGCAGCAGUGUGCUACUCCUGGACUCGAGUCGUUUCUGAUUAUAUUCCUCAUUGCAUACGAAAUCUUCUCUACGCGCCGCAAAUGGGGGCUCCCAGCCUCCGCCUUGGACGACGACGACCCCUGGCGCAGCGUCUUCGACGACAUCUACGACUGGUUCACCGGGGCUCGCGUCGUCAUGUUCAACACCGUCGUCAGCGCCUUUGUCUUUUCGCUGGGGACCUUCUUGUCCAUCAAGCAGAUUCGGAGGUCGACUUACUUCUGCUUCCACCUUAUCGAUAGUCGGUUCACGACUGUCUCUCUGCAGCUGCUUGGUCUCGUUCUUGAUGCCGCCAUUAUAGUCCUGCUGUGGCGGAUGUUGGCAUGGGCAAGGACUAUUAAGCUGCGCCUACGGAUCUUGAGCACGGUGCUGCUUCUGUCGGCUGCCUCGGUGGGCUUAGUAUGGGUGGUCAACGCCAUCUUUAGAGGCUCUCAUAGAGUCAAUGUCUCCUUUGGAUCCCUGUAUGGGUUUGAUGCCGUGGUUGAUAGCUUUGCCUUUGCCUCCCUCGUCACAUCAUCCAUGUUUUGGAUAUGUGAGACGUCAACCAUCACGCCCAUCGGCACCUUGACGUUCUUGAUAGGUAUAUGGAGCUCAUGUGAUAGGAUCUUUCGCUACGGGGACUGGCUACACUUAUCACGAGUCGCUGCGCUGGGACCGCUAUGGAUGAUUGUCACUGGUACCAUACUCUUCUUGUAUCUUCACGACCUCCGUUCCGUCCUCUUCAUUCGACGGAUUCUGUUUGCGAUCCUCCUCUUGGCUCUCCUCGUGGGCACAACCAUAUUCAUUUUUGUAAAGAAGCCUCAAACGUGGCACAACAACAUCCAUCCCGCCAACGACCUCGUCUACACGGCUCACGUCGAACACGACCGCUGGAAAGCAAAAGUCAGCGUCAGUACGACGCUCUCGACGGCUGUAACAGUCUACCAGGAGCGACACAACGGAAGGCUGCCGCCCCCCAACUUUGACGCAUGGUACAAAUACGCCGCGGAUGACUCGGUUAUGAUUGACGAGUUCCAGCAAAUCGACCGAGACGUCGCCCCCUUUUGGAACGUGGCCCCCCUUGUACUCCGCAAAAGAGCGACCGAGAUGGCGGCGAUGCCGGACGUCGCAACCAUCACGGUCAAGGACGGCAAGGUCACUCGGAAGGACACGGGCAACGCGGACGACAACAAAGACCUCGACGAGCUGGUCGCCAUGAUUGCCAAGUUCGCCCAGCACCUCCCGGACAUGGUCCUGCCCAUCAACCUUUCGCCGGCGCCCCGCGUGUUACCGCCGUGGGAGGAGGCGAAUUCCAAGAACAGGGCUGCUCAGCUCAGCUCGGUGGCUGACCUAUUAUCUCGGCGCUCCAUAGAUGAGGCGAGCAACGGCACUGCGCCAGCGGAGCACGAAAAGGACAAGGAAAAGGAAAAGGAAAAGGAGCCAGCCGUUCCUCAUCCCCUUCAGAGCACGGUAUCGGCUAGUGCCUUUCGUCGGAUGCAGGUCGAAGCCUGCUCCCCCUUGUCGCGCAGCAGGACGAGGCCUCACUGGAACUUUAUGGAGUUUUGUUGGUCGUGUGCCAAGGACCACACCUUCGGCCAGCUCCUAACAAACUGGCAGCAGUCGUUGGACACAUGCUCUCAGCCUGACCUGCGUCUGCUGCACGGCUUCUCGCUCACGGACCCGCCGCGGCCGCCGCUCCGGCACCUCGCCCCCUUGUUCGGAGCCUCCAAGACGGACGAGUUCCGCGACAUUGUCAUACCGCUCCCAAAGACGAGGCUGGAGAAGCCCGACAUUAAAUGGCAGUUUACACGAAGAUACGAUAGUCUGGUCUGGAGAGGGGUCGUGGGGGAACACGCGCCCAAUAGUCAGGCCCUGCGCGGAAGUCACAAAUAUCGCCUGUUGCAUCUCGCCAGUGCGCCGUACGCGCGCGACGAUGUCAUCAUGGUCCUCCCAAAGCCCGACGAUCACGACACGUUCGGCUACGAAAGGGUAUCGGCCGCAGAGGCCAACGCCGUCGUGCCCUUCAGCGUGGGCGUGACAAACUCGACGGCCUGCGCCGCCGAUGGGUGCAAGCUGGUCGAAAAGGCCUACGGCAUCCGCGACGACGCCACCGAGCCGCUGGAGUACCGCUACGUCCUCCUGAUGGACGAGGACGACGGCCCGCCGCAGCAGCUCCUUCGCACCUUGCGCUCAUACAGCGUGCCACUGGUAUCAACCAUCUUCCGCACGUGGUUUACCGAGCGGCUGAUGCCGUGGCUGCACUUUGUCCCUGUCGAUCCAAGAUACCAGGCACUUCACACGACCUUUGCCUACUUUUCAGGGACGGAGAGCCGGCCCAAGGUCAACGGCAGGGAGACGUCCAUGGAGGGUAGAAUGGCAGAUGCCGAGUGGAUCGUACAGCAGGGCCAGCGAUGGGUAACAAAGGCUCUUCGGGAUAAGGAUAUGGAGAUCUAUCUGUUCCGGCUGCUGCUGGAAUGGGGGCGGCUCAUUGACGAUCUGAGGGAUGAGAUUGGAUUCCGCAAGGAUGACAAGGGGGCGUUCCAGAACGACGCCUGGACCCGGCAACAAGGCGGGGAAUAA